AUGGACGGCGGCGAUAGGUUCCGACGACGGAAGAGUCUCCAAGAACGAUUAGGAUUAAAGAGUAUGGUCUGUUGUGGAUCCGCUUGGGGCAUCGGAAUCGGACCUUCCACCAUGAGCACCCGAGCCGACGACGAUGACGACGUCGUUGACUCGAUCCAUCAAAUAGAUGUCAUAGACGUGAAUCUAACCCCGCCGGACACCAAUUCCGAUCCCGAUUGCAUCUCUCCGUUGCCUCGAAUGAAUCUCGCGGCGGCAUUGGCCGCGGAACGGCAGUUCCGGGCCACCGCCGAGCCUUUGAGUCCGAACAAUGAAGCAGCCAAUGAGACGUUGCCACGUACGUCGACUGCGGAUCCUGGUUCGCCGUUGCGGAUAUCGUUGAUGAGACUGUUGGAGGAAACGGACGGUGAGGAUCAUAAGAAGGAAGAUAUGAGCAGGGAUCAGGUGUGCUGCGUGUGUAUGGGAAGGAAAAAGGGUGCAGCGUUUAUUCCAUGCGGGCAUACGUUUUGUAGGGUGUGUUCGAGGGAGUUGAUGUUAAGUCGAGGUUGUUGUCCCCUUUGUAAUCGAUCUAUCCUCGAAAUCCUCGAUAUUUAUUAG